UGUUGUGACUGUUCGCUACUCGACCUGUUUAUUGCUCCUUCCAAAAUUUACAAUUUUGAAAAACUAAAACACACUUUCUCGAUCGCAACGUAACUACUGUUGUAUCCUCAAUGGGUCUUCUCUCUCUUUUGCGCAAGUUGCGGUCCGCGCCGGAAAAAGAGCUACGCAUACUAUUGCUCGGACUGGACAAUGCCGGCAAGACGACACUACUGAAACAGCUCGCAUCCGAGGAAGUCACACAAGUGACUCCGACAGCAGGAUUCAACAUCAAAUCCGUUGUGUCGGACGGCUUCAAGCUGAACGUCUGGGAUAUUGGCGGGCAGAGCAAAAUACGCCCUUAUUGGAAAAACUACUUCGAAAACACCGACGUGCUAAUUUAUGUCAUUGACUCAAGCGACAAGAAAAGGUUGGAAGAAACCGGCGACGAGCUUACCGAAUUGCUCUUGGAUGACAAACUCAAAUCAGUCCCGUUGCUAGUGUUUGCCAACAAGCAGGACGUUGUUGGUGCCCUAAAGGCUUCCGAGAUUGCAGAAUGCUUAAAGCUGGUAAAACUGAUGGAUCGUACCUGGCAAAUACAGGGAUGUUCAGCUCUGCAAGGCCCAGGAGUAAAGGAGGGAAUGGAUUGGGUUUGCAAGAGCAUAAAAAAGUAAUCCUCAUGAUAAAACGCCUUAUUUAAAUCAACUAACAGCACUGAUACCAUUUUCCGUCCACUUACGAUUCGCUUUAGAUCCCAAGUGCAAUAAAAAAGCAUAUAACUAGAAAACUGCGAAAGUCUGUUCAAACCUUAUUAUAUAUCACUUCUUUCUUAUGUACAAUGAUGGGUACAAUUACCACCAAACACAUUAUUGAUAAUGUUUUCCAUUUCGAGUUUAUUUAUGUUUUGUUUUUCUUUUUUGGUUGUGACCGAUCGUUCGAUAAGUCGCCAAUGCUUCCUGACCUCGCAACUGUCUACAGGAUUAGAAAUCUACAUUCAAAUGUACCAUUUAUCGA